GUAAGAUUCCAAAGACGACAUCGCCACCUAAUGACUGGGAGCGUCAGCGAAUAUAAAUACUGUAAUAGUCGAGGCUUGUUGCUACGUUACCGUACACGUAUUCCUUUGACAGUAUGCCCUUCUUGAAGAAACCCCAGACUAAAGAACCGCUUGUAAAACUUUGGGACAAAAAGGCCCAGAAAUGUGGGCCGCAUCACACUGUGUAUUCUGUCAAUGGAGAUCAAUACACAGGCGGGUGGAUGGAUAAUAAGAAACAUGGAAAAGGAACACAGGUUUGGAAGAAAACAGGAAUGAUCUAUGAUGGUGACUGGAGGUGCGGAAAGAGAGAAGGCUAUGGGACCCUGAGCAGGACGGACCCUGAAACCGAAGAGUAUGUGAGGGUUUAUGUCGGUUCAUGGCGAAAUGACAAGAAGGAAGGCGCUGGAACGUGUUUCUACAGUCUGUCUGCUUUCUAUGAGGGACAGUGGAAGGAGGAUCAGAGGAGUGGAUGGGGACGGAUGCAGUUUGAGAACGGGGAGCUGUAUGAGGGAGAGUGGCUGAAGGACAAACAGCACGGACAGGGUUUGCUUCUGCUAGCUAAUGGAAACCGCUUUGUGGGCAGCUGGAGUGACGGACAGAAAAACGGACACGGCAAGUUCUUCUACCUAGACAGAGGUCAGCUGUAUGAAGGCUUUUGGGUCGACGGCAUUGCAAAGUGUGGAACCGUGUCUGAUUUUGGGAGAGAAGCAGCAGUUAGACCGACAGUGUAUCCAAUUCCCAAGGUUUGCCUACAGGAUUCACAGGCUGUGCUGAUGGAGGCGCAAGCAUAUUUCACUGAGGACAAGCAGGAAUCAACAGAGACCACGAUUCCAAGUCAUACCGUUGCUAGGCAAUAUGUACCUUGACAAUAUCCUGAACUCAAGAAAACCAGACUAGAGCAGUGAAAUGCAUUUUAUCAACCCCUCACUCACAAUAAAAACACCAUACAAAAAAGCUGUUGGUACAUUAUGCAUCAACAAGUAUUUGCAAGAAUGCAUAAAAGAACACAAGGUGUUUGGUUAAAGUUGGCUUAAUUAAGACUUUAAUUAAAAUGUAUAAAACAGUGGGUUUUUAAAUUCCAGCACAUGCUGUGCACUGAUAUAAAGAGCCUCUGAAUCAAACUUCACACACAAUGGAUGUAAUUUCACAUACUUUAGAAAGAAAAAAAAAAAAACUUUUUCAAUUUGGCAAUACUGAACAUGUUAAUCAAAUGUUGGUUUAAUCAUUUUCGCUGAUGUAUCUACACGCGUCAACGGUCCUCUGCUUAAUAAAUACUGUGUUUGCUAGCACAAUCCUGCCCGUUCUUUAGCCGUGACGGCUCUAAGCACUCGAGUCCAACUUC